UUGUGCUCGAAAGGCAAACAUACAAUGUGCGAAACCGACAUCUGCUACCCUCAGAGACACAUCCACAACCUGGAAGUCAUGAAGCUGACUGUGCUGUUCCUUUCUGCUCUGCUGCUCUCUGUCUCUGUCCUGUCCCUGGAGAAUGACACUGACACAGACAGCGAUGAGACCGGGACGGAUGGAGCACCAGAACCCAACAAGUCUGACUGUCACAGGUCUGGAAACUUCUGCACCAAGGAGUAUAAUCCAGUAUGUGGCAGUAAUGGAAAGACCUACAGCACCAAAUGCAUGCUCUGCCUGGAGAACAGAGAAAAGAAGACGAAUGUGAGAGUGGCAAGCAAAGGGGAGUGCCCUUCUUAACUGACUGUGUAGCCCAGUGACACACACACACACACACACACACACACACACACACACACACACACACACACACACACACACACACAUAUGGCUGUCGACAUGGCAUAUCAUAUCCAUUCCCUGUAUCCUGCCUUCACAAUAAAGUUACAUACAGCAA